AUGUUUUAAUAAUAGAAAUUCAAUUUCGCUUGUAAGUAGCACCCUUAAGAACUUAUUUAAUUCUUCUGCUUUAAGAAAGAUUGCUAUGAUAAUAGAAUGUUUUGUUCUAAAUGUAUGAAAUAAACAUAGCAUGUCUAACAUAUGCGCUUCGUUAAUAUAAUCGAAGAUGCUGAGAGGUUCAUCAAUUAAUAAUUGAGAAAACUUAAAGAGACUAUUACGAUAUCAAAAAAUCAGUUUAAUUAGGCUAAGGAAUAAUACUAAAAUUUAAUCAAAGGUUUAGAAGAUAGAGUUUUUAGUUUAGAGUCUAUCCAUUUUUUAGAUUUAAGUGAAAUUGAAGAAGCACUGACAAUUUCAUUCUUAUUUAAUUAAUUAUAAAAAAAAAUCUAAUAAACCGUCUAACCAUAAUUACUUAAGUUGAAAAAAUCGAUAGAAGACAUUUAUCAAAAUUGCCAAAUAAACAUAUUCAUUUAAAAAGAUGAGUACAAUAUAUUGAAGAUUGGUAAAUGAUAGAAUAUAAAAAUAGCAAAUUAUUUAUUGGAAUAAUAAGAUUUAUAGAAGGCAAUACUAUACUAUGAAGAAUGCUUAAAAUUGAAUCCUAAGAAUGAAUAAGCUUUAUUAGGAAAGGGUAAGAUCAAAUUACAUUUUAGGUGAUUGCUUAAGACAUAAAUCAAAAUUCAAUUAGGCAUUAGAAUGCUAUGAAAAAUUACUAUCAAUUAAUGAAAAUAAUGCCUAAGCUUAUUUAAAUUAAGGUAGAAAGUAAUAAUAUUUUUUAGGAGAAUGUUUAUUUAAUUUAGCUAAAUUCAAUUCUGCCUUGAAGGCCUACGAUCAUGCUUUAAAUAUAAAUCAAAAUGAUUAUAGAGCAAUGUUUUAAAAGGGUAAAUAUAUCAAAAGAUAUUAGGUUAAUGUCUAAAUGCAACUUUCAAAUUUACUGAAGCAAAAGAAUGUUUCAACAAAGUAAUUGAAAAUAACUCAAAUGAAAUAGACACACUUUUGUCUUAGAGUAUUAUAUUUUUUAUGGUUUAGGCCAUUUAUUAAUUCACUAACUUGAAACAAAUAAAGCACUUAUAUUAAUUGAUUAAAUAUAACAAAAAUAUCCUUAAAAUUAUGAUGCUUUCAUUUUCAAAAGUAUAUUAAAUCAGCCUAUUUCAAGUUUAAUUAGCAAUGCUCGCUGAGAACUAUGAUGAAGCAUCAAUUAUCUAUGAGGAAAUGAUAAAAUAUUUUCCGGAGAAUGGGAAAGCAUUAUAUUUCAAAGGUAACAUAUGAAUUUGUCUUAAGGAAUUAUUUUAAGUGUUUAAGAAAAAUAAGAUGAAGCAUAAAAAGUUUUAGAAAAAUUAAUAGAAAUUGAUCCAACUUUAUGGAUGAUUUAACACUUAAAAGGUAUAAUUAUUAUUAAUCUAAGCGACUAUUUUAUUAGUAGGAGGAAAAUAAAAUGAAGCUUUGGAGUUGAUAGAUUAAAUCUUAGCAUAUAGCCCAAAUUUUCUUCAAAUCAUUCGGUAAAAAGGUGACAUAUAUUAAUAACUUUAGCCUUGAUCCUUAAUGAUAAAGGACAUGAUUUAACAAUUUAAUUUUUUGAAGAUUUAAAAAUGAAGUAUCCAUAAGAUGCUUUUCCUUUAAUUUUGAAAGGUGAAUUUUUAAUUUUAAAGAAUAAAUUUGAUGAAGCUCUCAUAGCCUUAAAUUGUGUAUUAUCUAUCGAUCAUGAGAAUUUUCAGGUUUUAUUUCUAAAAGCUGUUUGCUUAAAACAAUUUAAUAAAUAUCAAGAAGCAAUUGAUCUAUGUGAGCAAUUGCUUAGUUUAUAUUCUGAGAGUUCUAUAAUUAUGGAAUUAAAAAGUAACAAUAGUAAAUAUUUAGAUGAAAUCUUAUAAGAAAUAGUAGAAGAGAAUGAAAAAAUAUAAUAAAUUUAAAAUCAAAAAGAUAAAGAUAAUUGA